AUGAGUACUAUGGAGAUGGAGACGAUGAUGGAAUUAUCAUUUCGAUGUAGUUACAUAAAGUCUAAGGAAGAUGGUAUUCUCUAUAAGCAGUAUGACGAGAAGCCGGCGGCCUCUACUAAGGACGAUAGAAAGGGAGCUCUUGAGGUUACUCGGGAAAUAAUAAGCCGACCGGAGGAAGAAGAGAAGUCCGUAUUGGUGCCCGUGAAGGAGCGACGGAAGAGCGACGAAUGGGACUGUGAGUCUGUCCUCAGUACUCUCACGAACAACACCAACCACCCUGGGAAGAUCAAUCGACCGACCCGCAUCCGUAAACCGGCGAUGAUCCCGGCGCCGGCGUUGGCUACUGUAGAGGAGGAUGAAGAGGAGGAUGAAGAGGAGGAGGAGGAGCUCUCUGAAGAUGAUGAGGAAGAGCUCGUUGAG